GUGUCGGGGGCGCGCGCUGGUCCUGUCCCUUUAAGAGCGGGCGGCCAUUUGUGUUUGCGCGCGCUCCGCCGGGCGGGGGCUGGUGGGGAGAGGGCGGGGAGACGCGGACUGGAAAGGGAGGAGUCGUUCACCAUGAGAACCAAGAAGAAAGCUAACCCGUGAAGCGCUAGCUGUCCGAUGUCUUCAAGCAGAUACAGUUUCCACAAUGUGCUUGGGAUAAGGCUAAGGAGUGCUGGUGAGAUUACCGUCUGCAUGAGUGUGUACCACCGCCCAAAGUUGCCAUGGAUGACUUUGCCACGAGGUCAUACGGGACUAGUGUACAGGACAACCGGCCCUUGUUUGGAGAGACGUCAGCGAGGGAUCGAAUCAUCAACAUUGUAGUUGGUGUCCUCACUUCACUGUUGCUAUUAGUAACGAUCAUUAGUGCAUUUGUUUUCCCUCAAUUACCUCCUAAGCCGCUGAAUAUUUUCUUUGCUGUCUGCAUCGUACUGAGUUGCACGUCAAUUGCUGUUCUUAUCUGCUGGUAUCGCCAAGGAGAUCUGGAGCCCAAAUUCCGCAACCUGAUCUACUACAACCUGUUUUGCAUCCUCCUGUUGUGUAUAUGUGCCAACUUGUACUUCCAUGAUGUGGGGAAAUGAGAGCCACCAUUCGCCAGCGAGGGAGAGCACCCUGUGUAUGAGCGCUUGCAGGUGGAGCGUCACGGACACUGGUCCACACUGUCUGACCUGCCUGUCCGUGUCGCCACGUACGGCCUCGGUGGAGGCAGAUUCACCAGCGGCAACACCAACCGGACUUGGAGCCAGCUCUCCGCACAUGAUGCCGGCUGGGGCAAAGGGCACAAACACUUGCUGAAGUACAUUUUAAACCUUUUUGCACUAAACAUUCCAGACUUUGCCAACGUUUUGAGAUGAACACGUUCUCUUUUUGUAUGAGCAGCAUUAUUUCCACCCCCUCUUUUAUUGAAUCAAAGCACUUGACGGACCAUGAUGAGUUUUUACAAAGUAUAUAACAAGAUGGAAAUAAGAAUACUGCAAGACCAAUGUUUAUUUUGUCUUUUAAGUAAGGAAAUGAUUGCACCAUGGAACCACUUAACUCUAUGGAGUUUAUACAAUGAAGUCACAGCCAAACCAAGACUGAACUGGUACUGCAGAACACAACUGUAGAAAGCAUUUACUUUGUUUUAAAGAAUAAAUAGUAAUAAAAUAAUUUAUAUACAUUGAA